AUGAAUGAAAAUGAGGAUGAGCCCAAGGACGUAAUUAAACUGAACCAUGAGAAGCUCUCAGCAGAUGAAAUAUCAGCACUGGUGGUUUCUCCUUGCUGCGGGGCUGUGUCUUUGUUUAUAGGCACUACCAGGAAUAAUUUUGAAGGGAGAAAAGUAAUACAGUUAGAAUAUGAAGCAUAUGCUCCUAUGGCUGAAGCAGAAUUGAAGAAAAUAUGUAUAGAUAUUAGGUUGAAAUGGCCUUCAGUGAAGCAUAUAGCAAUACAUCAUAGACUUGGUUCAGUUCCCAUUAGUGAAGCGAGUGUGAUGGUAGCAAUCUCUUCCCCUCACAGAACAGAAUCUCUUGAUGCUGUGCAGUAUUGUAUCAAUACUUUGAAAGCAACUGUGCCUAUCUGGAAAAAGGAGGUAUAUGAAGAUGACUCUUCCUGGAAGAAAAACAAGGAAUGUUUUUGGGUCAAGACAGAAAAAUGAAAUUCUGCCAAAAGUUUUAUUGUAACUGCCUACUGUUUCAAAACAAGGUGGAAGGCAACUCAGUUUCAGCCACGCUUCCAUGUUACCUUAAUAACAUAAGGCGUUUGCAAAGCAGUUGUCUAGGACCUGAUUUUGUACAGAAACAUAGUACUUUAAUUUGUGUUUUUUUUCCUGUUCUACUGAUCCUCAAGCCUUAGUGUUGGAACUUUUGAAAAGUUGUAUUGGAUUCAAAGAUAGGAUUUGUGCAAGCUGCUUAGUCUGUGAAGAAUCCUGAAAAAAUUGUCAUGGCUUCCUAUGAAAUCAUUAGUAUUUUCAUAACAUUUGAAAUUUUUGACUGAUUAUGUGAAUUUUGUCAGUUCAAACAAACUUUUAUAAUUCUAUGCAUGAUGUAACAGCUACAUUCAGCCAGCACAAUAGACUAUGGUUGUCAUGACAAAAAUAAUGGUAGCUUCCCUCAGACCUGGGCAAUUCUCUCUGACAUGGCCAUGAGGAAUAGUUCAGUCUGUUGUCUAAAUCCCAAAUCAUACUUAAUUCUAAUUAUGGUGUGGUUGAAAUAGGCCAGCUUCAUAGCCCCAUAGCUGAAAUUGGCUUUGUUUAAAUGAACUUAGUUAUGAAUAGUCAAAGUUGGUGGAAUUUAUGUAACAAAUAAAUGCUGAUCAAUAAAAAAAUGGAAGCAAAA